UCCUGGCAACACUAUGGGGGCUGCCAUGACACCUCCCUAUUUCCGUUUGCCGGUUUUUCGUUUCCGGUCGCGUUAGAUCUGCUGUAGUAGUAACAACAACAUUUCUAAAGAGAACAAUGUAUUACUUUGGGUAAGGACCGCAUGGUUCAAAUAUGAGCUCGGGCUCGACGUGUGCCGCUCUCGGGUGCCACAACAACUCAAAAAAAUUUAAGUUGUUGUUGGAAAGUUCGUGCUUUGAACACCAGCUGAUUUAUAAACACUGUCCGUGCGCUGCGCCCUAUGCGUUACAUUCCAUGCCAACAAAGAAGGAAAGGAAACUAGCGUGGCUUGCAGCUUUAAAACUGAAAUAUCCUCCAAAGAGGAUAUAUGUUUGCUCAUUUCACUUCGUUGAAAAGAAGCCAACAGAAAUGCAUCCUGAUCCGGAGCUGUAUUUGGGUUACGACAGACCACCCCAAAAGAAGAGACGAAAGCUAGUUCGGGUAAACCAGACGACAUCUACUGCCACUGGUCUUAAUGAAGAUGCAGACGAGGAACCUUAUGUGGCUGCUGAAGAAAGUCUCAUGGUCCCUUCAAUGAACCCAAGGUGUCGAGUGAUGAAGCGGUCUACUCGAAUUGGCAAACUUUCAUGUUUGAAGAGGCCAUACUUCAAAUUUUUGAAUUCAGCUUCAGCAUGGGCAGAGCUUGCUGUGAUGCUGUCACUUUUGAAAAGUGGAACCAUUACACCUGUCCAGAGAGACUGCUUCUUCUUGCCAGAUGUCAGUCCACUCUUGAAAGGGGAUGUCGCCUGAGGAGAGGACAAAAGAAAAGUAUGCUCAGACCCUCAAACGUGACAAUCAACAUUUUGUUGCUGGGACAAUGUUCUUUCUCAUAUGUGAAUUUUUAUUUAUUUAUUUAUUUUUAAAUAAAGGUUGCAUAAAAAUAA